UAGAUAGUAUUCUUUUUAGAGAUAAUCAUUAAUUAGAAAUAAAAGAUGGUUCGGGUCCAUUUAACAACUUUAUAUAAACUCGACGAGAUGGAACCAAAAACACACAAAACACACCAAAAGAAAUAAAACCAAAUACCAAAAUAUUCAUCACUAUAUCAAAAAAGGUAAAGAAAAAUGAGGUCUUCAACAAAGAACAUCGAACAAGCUCAAGAAAGUUGUUAUCACGAGUGGAUGAGUUUGCAGUCUCAACGCAUAAAUGAGGUCAAACAACUCUUAGUUCAACGACGAUCUCACCGCGAUGAAGAACACGAUAAGAAGCUCCGUGAGUUAACGGGAAAGAUCCUUGGAGAUUUCAAAGAUUAUGCCGGAAAAAGAGCUGAUCUUGCUCACCGAUGUAGCUCGAACUAUUAUGCACCGACGUGGAAUACUCGUUUAGAGAACGCUCUAAUUUGGAUGGGUGGUUGUCGACCAUCUUCUUUCUUUAGGCUCAUUUAUGCUUUGUGUGGGUCACAAACUGAGAUACGUGUGACUCAGUUUCUCCGCAACAUCGACGGCUACGAAUCUUCAGGUGGCGGCGGUGGCGCAUCACUUAGCAAUCUAAGUGCGGAGCAGCUAGCAAAAAUCAAUGUGUUACAUGUAAAAAUUAUAGACGAAGAAGAGAAGAUGACCAAGAAAGUCUCAAGCCUACAAGAAGACGCGGCGGAUAUUCCCAUCGCCACUGUGGCUUACGAGAUGGAGAAUAUCGGAGAGCCUAACAUGGUGGUGGAUCAAGCUUUCGACAAGCAAGAAGAAGCUAUGGCCGGUUUAUUGGCCCAGGCUGAUAAUCUAAGAGUGGAUACUUUAGCAAAGAUCGUCGAGAUUCUAUCGCCGGUACAAGCAGCGGAUUUCUUACUCGCCGGGAAAAAGCUUCAUCUUUCGAUGCAUGAGUGGGGAACUACGAGAGAUCGUCGCCGUCGUGAAUGUAUGGUUGACGCCGAAAGCGAUACCGGAGGAGAGGAAGAAAACUAGUCGUUAUUAUAUUAGAGAUGAUCUUAAUAUUAUAGGUACGUGUCAUAUAUAAAAUUACAUAAUAACAAGAUUUUUAAUCUUGAUAUUAUAAAGUUAUAUAUAUGGCAUAUAUUUUAGGGAUAUAUAACCCUUAUAUGUGUUACUUUUAUUUUCUGAAGACUUAUGGUAGUAAGGUUGCAAUGCGUUA